GAGUGAGGUUUGGCUGCCACCAAAGUUACUUCCAGUCGCUGCUGUCCCUCCUGCCCUCAGUCUAGACCUGCCUUGGGGACCCUGACAUUCAGCCUCCCCAUGCAGAGGUGAGUGUUUCCUAAGCCCAGAGCUGGGGUGGGAGGGCUCCCAGGCACCCAAGGGCAAGGAGGCUGGCACCAAGCCAGUGAGCACAAUCCCCCAGCCUGCAUCUGCAUCCAGAGCCAAAGUUUGGGCCAAGUUUGGAUCACUAACCCCAGUCCUAUGAGAAGCAGCAGGAAUAGAAGUGAAACGUAGAGGCAAGUUCUGAUGGGCAAGUGAGAGAUUCAUUCUGAACUAGUUCUGGACUGCAAAGCAAGAGAUCUGGGUUGCAGCCCUGGGCCCCAGCUCUCAGACCUGAACAAACCCCUCCUCUCUGGGCCAAUUUUCUCUUCUAUGAAAUGGAAAUGCAGAGGCCCCAGGGGGCCCCAGCCAACUGCUCUCAGCUCCUCAACCAUCUGCCUACUUCCAGCGGCUUAUGGGGCACUGUCCUGCCCAGCUCGUCUAAGAUGCUCCUGGCCUCUCCCUCCACCCCGGCCAGGGGACGGACCCCUAGCGCCGUGGAGAGGCUGGAGGCCGACAAAGCCAAGUAUGUCAAGACGCACCAAGUGAUAGCUCGUCGCCAGGAGCCAGCUCUGCGUGGAGCUCCCGGGCCACUCACCCCGCACCCCUGCAACGAGCUGGGGCCCCCUCCAUCGCCCAGGACGCCCAGGUCCGCCCGCCGGGGCAGUGGCAGGCGGCUGCCAAGGCCUGAUUCCCUCAUCUUCUACCGCCAGAAGCGGGACUGCAAGGCUUCGGUGAACAAAGAGAACGCCAAGGGCCAGGGGCUAGUGCGUCGCCUCUUCCUGGGCAGCCCCCGAGACGUCGCCUCAAGCAGCCCAGGCUCAACCGAGAGACCUGCGGCCCCUGGGGGUUGGGUUGCGCCCCAAGAAGCCCCGGAAACUGCGGGAAAGCGAGCGUUGUGCCCCACGUGCUCGCUGCCCUUGUCGGAGAAGGAGCGCUUCUUCAAUUACUGCGGCCUGGAGCGCGCGCUCGUGGAAGUGCUGGGCGCUGAGCGCUUCUCUCCGCAGAGCUGGGGCGCCGAUGCCAGCCCCCAGCCCGGAACGUCGCCACUGCCUGGCUCCGGGGACACCAGCGACUGGACGUCCAGUGACGGCGGCGCAGAUCGCCGGGACUGUGCUGAGGGCGGCGGCUCGGAGGCGGCGGACUCCACGCGGGACGGGCGCCCCCAGGUGUCGGUGGUGGAGCGCAACGCGCGCGUCAUCCAGUGGCUCUACGGCUGCCAGCGCGCCCGCGGCCCGCCACGCGAGUCCGAGGUGUGAGUGCCACCGCUCGCGAGCGAGCUCUCGUGGAGUCUGAGUUCCAGGGAAGGGCAAGGGGCACAGGCAGAGACGCCCUGCCUCUGACGCGCUAGGUUCUUUUGGGCAAGCCCUCCCCUCUGGAUCUCGGUUUCCCCUUGUGAACCUUGGAAGGAUGGGACAAAAUGAUCCCCGAGAGCCCUUUCCAGUGCAGACGGCAGAGUGGGAGGGGGCUGGCCUCAUGGCCCCUGUAGAGGCCAGUCUGGGGAGUGAAGACUGGAGUGGGAGAUCAGAGAACCUGCUGAAUAAAGUCAAAAUGUUAUCCAAA